CGAUUUUACCGGAAAAUCGAAAGCAGAACCUGGUUUAUAUAUAUAUAUAUAUAUAUAGUGAAAGGGACGUCUGGCAUUCUUUGAAAAAUCUUUCCUUUUGUUUUUGGCUUUCUCUCUUCUUCAUAGAGAGCUUUGAUCUCACAGACCCAGUCGAGCACGGUUUCUGAAGAACCGCACACCUUUGCUCGAUAUCUCUCUGAGAUCUCUCUCUCCUUCCUCGCAUUUUGGAAAUCGUUCUUCCGUCCAUCUCCGCGUGGCUGGACGAAAAAUGGAUAGCUCCUGCUCUACUCAGCUCAUCGAUGGAGAUGGUACCUUCAAUAUCACUGGGCUUGAUCAUUUUAUCAAGGAGGUUAAACUUGGGGAAUGCGGUCUUUCAUAUGCCGUUGUCUCAAUUAUGGGUCCACAAAGUAGUGGGAAGAGUACAUUGUUGAAUCAUUUGUUCGGAACAAACUUUCGGGAAAUGGAUGCAUUUAGAGGAAGGUCUCAGACAACUAAGGGAAUUUGGCUUGCAAGAUGCGCUGGAAUUGAGCCCUGCACUCUUGUGAUGGAUUUAGAGGGUACUGAUGGAAGAGAACGUGGAGAGGAUGAUACGGCUUUUGAGAAGCAGAGUGCUCUUUUUGCACUUGCUGUCUCGGACAUAGUUCUCAUAAACAUGUGGUGUCAUGAUAUUGGCCGUGAACAAGCAGCAAACAAACCUCUUCUAAAGACUGUCUUCCAGGUCAUGAUGCGGUUGUUUAGUCCACGGAAAACUACUUUAAUGUUUGUCAUACGAGAUAAAACACGGACUCCAUUGGAAAACUUAGAACCUGUUCUGAGGGAAGACAUUCAGAAGAUAUGGGAUUCCGUUCCUAAGCCUCAAGCACACCAAGAAACCCCACUAAGCGAAUUUUUCAAUGUUGAAGUAGUUGCGCUUUCUAGUUAUGAAGAAAAGGAAGAGCAAUUCAAAGAGCAGGUUGCCAAUUUGAGACAACGGUUCUUCCACUCUGUUGCACCCGGCGGACUUGCUGGUGACCGACGGGGAGUAGUACCUGCUUCGGGUUUUGCUUUUAGUUCAGAAGAAAUCUGGCGAGUCAUCAAAGAGAACAAAGAUUUGGACCUUCCGGCUCACAAGGUCAUGGUUGCAACCGUACGGUGUGAGGAAAUUGCCAAUGAGAAGUUCUCUCAUUUUGUUAAAAACGAGGAGUGGUGUCAGGUGGAAGAAGCUGUGCACUCAACUCUUAUCCCCGGGUUUGGAAAGAAGCUGAGUUCAAUCCUCGAGUCUUGCUUGUCAGAGUACGACACUGAAGCUACAUACUUUGACGAAGGCGUGAGAUCUGCCAAGCGGCAGCAUCUGCUAGAAAAGUUAUUGCAACUUGUUCAACCAGCUUUCCAAGAUGUGCUUGGACAUUUGAGAUCUGGAACACUUGAAAACUUCAAGACUGCUUUUGAGAAGGCCUUGAAUGCUGGAGAAAGGUUUUCGUCCUCUGCUCAUGCUUGUGCUCAGUCUUACAUGUCUCAAUUCGAUGAAGGAUGUGCAGAUGCUGUCAUUGAACAAGCAAACUGGGAUACAUCUAAAGCUCGGGAAAAACUUCAACGUGAUAUUGAUGCUCAUAUUGCUUCUGUCCGUGCUGCCAAGCUUUCUGAACUGACUACACUGUAUGAGUCGAAACUAAAUGAAGCAUUAUCUGGUCCGGUGGAAGCCCUUUUAGACGGAGCUAAUGAUGAAACAUGGCCAUCAAUAAGAAAACUACUUAGACGGGAAAUGGAACUGAGCGUCUUUGGUUUCUCCGACGCAUUAUCUGCUUUCGACAUUGAUGAAGAAACAAAGAGUAAAAUGGUAAAUGACCUUGAGAACUAUGCACGAGGUGUUGUUGAAGCCAAGGCAAAGGAAGAAGCCGGGAGGGCGUUGAUGCGUAUGAAGGACAGAUUCGCAACUAUCUUCAGCCACGAUGCAGAUUCAAUGCCUCGUGUCUGGACUGGCAAGGAGGACAUCAGAGCAAUCACGAAGACGGCCCGCUCUUCGUCCUUGAAGCUUCUAUCUGUCGUAGCUGUAAUCCGCUUGGAAGAUGAACCCGAUAAUAUCGAGAAGACACUGUCACUUGCUCUGGUUGAUUCUACAAACAAUAGUGCUUCUAGCACAAGUAUCACCACAUUUGAUCCUCUCGCUUCGAGCACUUGGGACCAGGUUCCACAAUCAAAGACAUUGAUAACUCCUGUCCAAUGUAAAUCGUUGUGGAGGCAAUUCAAGACCGAGACACAGUAUACUGUUACACAGGCCAUUUCUGCCCAGGAAGCCAAUCGGCGGAAUAACAACUGGCUGCCACCGCCAUGGGCAAUCCUCGCACUGGUUGUUCUUGGAUUCAAUGAAUUUAUGACUCUCUUAAGAAAUCCUUUGUAUAUUGGUAUACUUUUCGUCGGGUAUCUUAUUGCCAAAGCCCUGUGGGUGCAACUAGACAUUUCUGGAGAAUUUCGCAAUGGCGCACUUCCCGGGCUCAUAUCCUUGUCAACCAAAUUCCUUCCCACCGUCAUGAACCUCCUCAAGAAACUCGCGGAAGAAGGGCAAGCUCCGUCGGCUAACAACACCCCGCCGAUGAAUCCUCCGACUCUGUCGAAGAUUCCAACCAAUGGUGUUAGCAGCAGCGUCGGCUCGUCCUCCUCAUCGAGCAGCCUUACCACAGAAACAGUUUCCAACAACACAAAUGCCUCAAAAGAAGACUAGACAAGCUGAUACCAUGAACAUGAGGCUUCAAAUUUUCAUUCCCUUCAAAAGGGCACUUCUCGUUCGGUGUGAUCAUAGAGAUUACGAAGCUUUUAUAUCAUGUCCGGAGGCAUGCAUUGGUUUUUACUGCAGGCGCCACAAUAUAGGAUGAUUUUCUGCAUUUCGUUUGAAAGAUUUUGUUUAUCUUCUUGUUGAUGGAGAACGAAACGAGGUCAUUUGAUUGCGAGUUCUGUAUUGAUGUGGUUUUUUUGUACCUGAGGAUAAAGGAUGUUCUUGAAGAAACCGGCUUUUGGUUUUGUGAACUGAAGAUUUCGAUGUUGAUUUUGUUGUUUCAGGACAAAGUUCUCUGCUCUGUAUUAACUUAAAACUGUUAUUAUC